AUGAAAUACACAGUAUUGGCAAGAGUCUCCAUAUUUGGACUCCUCGCAAAAAGUUUUGUUGAUGCAUUGACAGUGAGAAACCCUUUGAAUGAAGAAUAUAGUGUUUUGAUCAAAAGGGCCGACGACCAUGAGCAUGCUGCUGCAAACAGUACCAUUACUGAUUGCCACAUGCAUGGUGAUACACAGUACUGUAUUGAUUGGGAAGGAAACGAGGGACGUAUUGAACCAAGCCAAGAAAGCCCACAGUCCAACUACACCGGGUGUCACUCGCACGGAACAGAGGUGUAUUGCAUGAAUGGCGAGGAAGAGUUGCAGUUUGUCGUGUUAGACACGUCAUCAGAUGCAAGUACCACCACUUCUGAAUCAAGCUCCACGUCAGGUGUUUCGUGCCAUUUCCAUGCCGGAGUUGAACAUUGUGUCGAUGAAAAUGGUAACACAGUACUUGGAGCAAAUGGAGGAACUUGUGAAAGAAUAGAUAGAGAUUACAACAUUCCCUUAAGAAUUGGGCUCUUGUUCGUCAUAUUGGUCACCAGCGCAAUUGGCUCUUUUGGUCCUUUGGUAUUACGCUCAGUCUUUAAGAUAUCAUCUGAAAACGUCGUCAUUACCAUAAUCAAGCAAUUUGGCACGGGUGUAGUUAUUUCCACUGCUUUGGUCCAUUUAAUGACCCAUGCGUUUUUAAUGUGGUCUAGCGAAUGUAUCCAUUUGGUUUACGAAGGAACCGGAGCGUCAAUAACUAUGGCGGGUAUUUUUAUUGCGUUUGUGAUUGAGUACGUUGCUUAUCGGUUCUUAUCUCGCAGGUUGGAUAAACUCCCCACUGCCAAAGAAAAUUCAUCAGAAGAUGACAGAGGUACAAAUGUUGCAACCAAGACAGUGUCUGAUGAGGAGAAAACCGUGUCACUCCCAGAAUCUUCGAAAUCCAUGCACGACAAGCUUUCCGUUGCAAUCCUUGAAGCAGGAAUUGUAUUCCACUCAACUUUGAUCGGUAUAACCUUGGUUGUCGCUGCUGAUUCAUACUUCAUUACUCUAUUCAUUGUCAUUGUGUUUCACCAGUUCUUUGAAGGGUUGGCACUUGGAUCAAGAAUAAGUGAAUUGAGGGACUCUGUGUGGUCAAAGGUUGUCAUGGCAGGUGUUUUUGCAAUCAUAACUCCGAUAGGUAUGGCAAUUGGAAUCGGUACCCUUCACAAGUUUAAUGGAAAUGAUCCUUCAACAAUUGUUGCAUUGGGAACUUUGGAUUCAUUCUCAGCCGGUGUUUUGUUGUGGACAGGCUUGAUUGAAAUGUGGGCACACGACUGGUUAUUCGGAAGCUUGCGCCGCGCAGGUGUGGUACAUACUACGUUGGCAAUGAUUGCAUUGAUUGGAGGGUUGAUUCUUAUGAGUUUGUUAGGAAAGUGGGCUUAG